AUGGUACAUAUACCUGCUGCUGAUGGACAAAGGAAGGAGGUCAAGAACAGGGCUCUGCUGGACGCGACAGCAGGCGCUCUGGCUGGGGCUAUAGCUCGCUUUGUGGUGGGGCCGCUGGACGUCCUGAAAAUCAGGUUCCAGGUCCAGCUGGAGCCCAUAGCCAGGAGUCAGGGAGCAAAGAGCACCUCCCAGCUCAGCAUGGGCUCAAAGUACACAGGCAUGCGGCAGGCCCUAGUGACCAUCGUAAGGGAGGAAGGCAUCCAGGCAAGAUUCUGCACUGUGCCGGGGCAGCUGCUGACAGUCCCGUACACAGCAGUCCAGUUUGUCGCGCUGCAGCAGUGCAGGACCUUUGCAAAGCGGCAUGGCCUCUUGACGGGCGACUGGGCCUUCCUGCUGUCCUUUGUCAGCGGCGCAGCAGCGGGCGCUGCUGCCACAGUCGCCUCGUACCCAUUUGAUGUGCUGCGCACCGUCCUGGCCGCCCAGGGGAAGCCACCGGUGUACAGAGGAAUGCUGGAUGCGGCCAGAGGGGUGGUGAAGAACCAGGGCAUCAGGGGACUGUACAGCGGCCUGAGCGUGACCCUGGUUGAGAUUGUGCCAUACGCCGCGUUGCAGUUUGGUCUCUACGAUCUGUUCACUGCUGCUGCAGCCAAACGGCAUGCCAACUCUCCAAGCGCAGAUGUAAGUCGCCGCUGGUCCCUUGAAACAAGGAGGUGGGAGAGGUUUGUAUGUGGGCUGGCAGCUGGCACAAUUGCAAAGCUCGGCACACAUCCUCUGGACGUCUGCAAGAAACGAUUUCAGGUUGCUGGGCUGCAGCGCUCGCUGAAGUAUGGAGCACGUGUGCAAGCAGAGUCAGUGAGGUCGCUGCCAGCCUGCUUGCAACACAUUUGGCGGCAGGAGGGCCUCAGAGGCCUCUACAAGGGCAGCCUGCCCAGCAUUCUGAAAGCGGCGCCCUCUGCAGCCAUCACAUUCACUGCAUACGAGUUCAUUCUUGGUGCUCUGACUGCAUUUGUUGCAGCGGAGUAG